AUGGCACAAACUUUGUUGAUGCCUUCAUUUUGGAAUACUGUUGUGUUUGCCCUUAAGGUCUCGGGUCCUCUUGUCAGAGUGCUUAGAUUGGUUGAUACCGAGAAGAAACCUCCCAUGGGAUACAUUUAUGAGGUAAUGGAUAGGGCAAAAGAAUGCAUUGCAAUUUCAUUUGAUCAUAAAGAAGAGAAGUAUAAUGAAAUUUUCGAAAUCAUUGACAAAAGAUGGGAUGUUCAAUUGCAUCGACCUUUACAUGCAGCUGCGCAUUUUCUUAACCCAGAAUUCUUUUACCCAAAAGUUAGAGGCAAAGAAAUACAAGAGUACCAGUGGAUUAUCGCAGUUGAUUGGUGGGCAUCAUAUGGUUCUUAUACUUCAAACUUGCAAACUUUUGCCAUAAAAGUCCUUAGCCUAACAUGUAGUUCAUCGGGUUGUGAACGAAAUUGGAGUGUAUUCGAACAUCUUCAUAGCAAGAAAAGAAAUAGAUUGGAACAACAACGUCUCAAUGAUUUAGUGUAUGUCAAAUACAAUAGAACAUUGAGAUUUAGGUAUGACAUGCGCAACACUAUUGAUCCCAUAUCUUUGCAAAAUAUUGAUGAAAGCAAUGAGUGGUUGCUUGGGAGGAUGGAUGGAGAAUCAGAUGAAGAUAAUGAGCCUGUGUUUGAUGAUGAUGAUGAUGGCUUGACGUGGGCCACUGUUGCUAGAGCUUCUGGAGUAGAAGAAAGUAGCCAUGCAAGUAGAGCAACAAGUUCACGCUCAGAGGCACAACCGAGGAUAUCUAAAUCAUCAACAUUGACUCCACUUCAAUUAAUAAAUGAAGAGGAAGCGGGCUCAGAUGACACAGAGGAGGAAGAUGUUGAGGGAUACAAAUCAACUGAUGGAGAAGAAGAUGAUAGUUUGCUUGCCAUUGAUGUUGAGGAUGAUGAUUGACUGACACCGACCUAACCUACCCUUUCUUUUGAUAUUGAUGUUUUUAAGUGUUAAGACAUAUAUUAGUAUUUGUUGGAUAUUUAUGUUUUAGAUGUUUAGUGUUUAUGUUUUUAUUUUAUUGAAUGUGGAUUAUUUGAUCUUUGAAAAUUGAAAUGUUAUGUAAU